AACACUGUUCCGGUCUCCAGCUGUGUGAUAAAAAAAUAAUUAAAAUCAGAAUCAGUAUUAAAAAGCACCUUAUUCCAAAUCAAUCAAGAGCUAAAUCAAAACAUAAACUCCUUUAUCAAGAUUAAAUCGAAGGAAAACCAGCGGUAUUCGCUACACCGAGUUUGAGGCUGCCAUGGUUUAGUAGUAACCCGAACUUUUAUCAUUUCCGAGGGAGCCGACCGGCAAACGUCGCCAAAAUGAAACUGAAACGCUGGCGGCACAAGCGUAAAUAAUCACUUGCCACGAGAUAAACGUCAGGAGACAGUCGGUGUCAGUCCAACCAGAAAAUAAACACAAUUCUCUUGAGCAAAAUCUGCGAGGAGCCGCAGAAUCAUGCUAGGUCGCGGCCAGAAGCUGCUGCUGGGCAUUGCCAUACUGAUACUAGUCGAUGUAGUCUGGGUCUCAUCCAGCGAGCUGACAAAGUUUCUGUACAGUGAGGCCAAGUUCGACAAGCCUUUCUUCUGCACUUACUUCAAAACCUCCAUGUUCAGUAUUUAUCUUUUGGUCAUAGGCAUCCUAGCACCCUGGAAGGAGUCCUGUGAGCGGCAGAAUGGAAACUAUGCGAUGAUGGAGCAGAACGCGGACGACGAGAACUACUACUCCAACCAGGCUGUUUUGGGCGACCCCACUUAUGUGCCCAUCAGAUCGCCGCAUUUGGGGACCGCAGCCAACGGUAAUGGCAGCACCAAUUCUCUGUCCGGUAGCGAGAGCGAUGAUACCAGCGUGCGUAGCGUACGCUUCAGCAAGAUGGCCGAGGUCAGGGAAAUGUCUGCCCACGAGGCAACCGACGCCCUAAUGGCCAGACUCUCCUAUGCCGCCAGUCUGCGAAUUAGGAGACAGAAAACGCACCACAAAACGGCCAAGACAGCGCUGCUAUUCUGCCUGCUCUGGUUUGUGGCCAAUUACUUUUUCCAGUUGGCCCUGGAAAUGGACGAAGCGGCCAUGAUAACGCUCGUUAGCUCUACGUCGUCAUUUUUUAUUAUCUGCCUGGCAGCUGUGUUCCCCUCGGCCACGGGGGACAAGCUGACCAUUACCAAAGUAAUUGCAGUUGCCCUGAACAUUGGCGGCGUUGUGGCCAUAACCAUGAACGAUCUGCAUGACACAAAGAUGACGAGAGGCGUCCUCCUGGCCCUGUUUAGUGCGUUCUUCUAUGCCGCCUAUCUAGUUUUCGUAAAGCGAAAAAGCGAUACGGAGGAAAAGGUCGAUAUACCUUUGUUUUUCGGCUUUGUGGGUCUAUGGAAUCUUUUGCUUUUGUGGCCAAUCUUUUUCAUACUCCACAUCACCAAGAUCGAAACUUUUGAGCUGCCCAGCCAAGGGCAGUUCGCUUUGCUGUUUCUGAAUGGCCUAAUUGGCACGGUGCUUGCUGAAGCCUUGUGGCUGUGGGGCUGUUUUUUAACCUCCUCGCUGAUUGGCACACUGGCCAUGUCACUGCAGAUUCCGCUGGCCAUCUUGUUCGAUGUUCUGCUUAAGAACAAGCCGUAUUCGCCGAUGUUCUACAUGGGCUCGAUUCCGAUAUUCAUAGCCUUGGUUCUCGUCUCCAUGCUGAUGCGAAAUGAUGACUCCGAUCCGCUAAUGAAGCUCUUUAAAGUUAUAUAUAGAAAAGUCUGCCGUUGCCAUAAGCCGAACAUUGUCAGAGUCAACGAUGAGGAGCAGCAAGAGUCUCUGAUUAACAACAGCGAUUAAGGAGGCUAUUUUGUAAAAAUCGCUCUUCUACACACACUUUGAAUGUUGCUCAUUGCAAUGCAAUCUAAAACUUGGCUGUUCACGAGUUCGUUUCGAAUCGUUCUUUAAUCUGUAGGGACAACUCAUGCACAACUCUCCUCAUUUCUCAUAUGUGCAUUUUUUCCGUUGGAUAUUAGGUUGCGAUUUAACGUACAACUAUUUAUUAUAAUCUUACUCUAGUGUAUUCUCUGUAAAUAGACUUAGCUCCUACGAAUACCGUUUAUCUA